CUGCUGUGGAAUAGCGAGCCGACUCCACUUACUCAGGAGAAGAAAGCAGGAAAAUAUUCUCCACUCUCUGGCAACUGGAUGGGAAGAAGGAGAAUCUUUGACCUUGGAAAAUGAAGAUGUUGUUGCCAUGGGAACUGUUAAUCCUUCUGUCACUCAAAGAGUGCCUGGCUGAGAAUACACGCCACGGUCCUGUCUUCACCCAGGAGCCCAGUGACAGUGUCUUCCCACUGAGCACGGAUGAUAAGCACGUGUUUAUUAAUUGCAAAGCAAAAGGAAACCCACCUCCUCAUUACAGUUGGAAGGUGGACAACAGAGAAAUAAACACAGAAUCCGAUCCAAACUACAGCCUAGUCGAGGGAAACCUGUUGAUCAAUAACCCUCACGUGAUCAACCAUGGAGGCGUGUAUCAGUGCAUCGCCACCAACACAUUUGGGACCAUUGUCAGCAGGGAGGCAAAAGUCCAGUUUGCAUUUCUGCAGAACUUCAGCAGGAAGUCCAGGAACACGGUGUCAGUGAGAGAGGGUCAAGCUGUGGUUCUGCUCUGCGGCCCUCCACCCCAUUACGGAGAGAUCAAAUAUUCAUGGGUUUUCAACGGACAACGCAGCUUCCUGCAGCAAGACGCUCGCCGUUUUGUCUCUCAGAGGACGGGCAACUUGUACAUAGCCAAAGUCGAGGCCUCGGACGCUGGGAACUACACGUGCGCGGUGAGAAACAUGAUGACCAAUGCGACAGUGCUCAGCUCCCCAACCCCUGUGGUGGUGAGGAGGGACGUAGUGAUGGGUGAAUACGAGCCAAAGAUGGAGGUUCAGUUUCCUGACACCCUACAUGUCUCCAAAGGAUCCUCUGUGAAGCUGGAGUGCUUUGCCUUAGGAAACCCCGUGCCUUCCAUCUCAUGGAGAAGAGCUGAUGGAAAUCCACUCCCUGGCAAGAUUAAAAUCAAUCACGCCGGUGGGGUUCUGGAAAUUCCAUAUUUUCGCCCAGAGGAUGCUGGUGUGUAUGAGUGCGUAGCCGAAAACAGCAGAGGACGAAAUGUUGCCAGAGGGCAACUCAUAUUCCACAAUGUUGAACAUCUGCACUGGGUCCAGACACUGAAGGAUGCUCAUAUGGCUAUCGACGCUAAUCUGCAGUGGGAAUGUAAAGCCAUUGGUAAACCUAGGCCUACAUACAGAUGGUUAAAGAAUGGUCAGCCUCUAACAGCAGAGGGGACGAUCCAUGUGGAAGCUGGGAGACUGACCAUAUCCAGGAUUAGUCUGUUGGACUCUGGCAUGUAUCAGUGUGUGUCAGAGAACGAACAUGGAGCCGUUUACGCCAGCGCUGAGCUCAAGGUUGUAGCCUCCCCGCCUGACUUCACCCGGCGCCCUGUGAAGAAGUCCAUGGUGAUCCAGAGAGGGGGUGAGGUUGUCUAUGAGUGCCGACCCCACGCUUCCCCGAGGGCCACAAUCUCUUGGUGGAGAGGGGGCGAGCUGCUGAAGGACGGCAGGAGACAGUCUAUCAUGGAGGAUGGGACCCUGCGCAUCACCAACAUCUCCAAAUCUGAUGGAGGCAGGUACACGUGUGUGGCCAGAAACCAGUUUGGAACAUCCAGCAGCACAGGAAUGCUGAUGGUGAAAGAACCCACCAAAAUCGUAGUUCCACCCUUGAGCUUGGACGCCACCGUGGGACAGAGCCUUGUGUUGCCCUGCGAGGUGUCCAGCGAUUCAUCCCUGAUCCCCGUCUUUAAGUGGUUUUUCAACGGCAAAGCCAUUGAUUUCAUCAGACAGGAGCACUUUGAAAUGAUUGGAGGGGGAUUCGCAGGUGACCUGAUGGUGAGGAACAUUCAGCUGAAGCACUCUGGGAAGUAUGUGUGUAUGGUACACACAGAAGUCGACACCGUUUCAGCAGCAGCAGACCUAAUUGUCAGAGGACCCCCCGGUGCCCCGGAGGGCCUGCUGGUGACUGACAUCACUGACACCACCGUGCAAAUUUCCUGGGGCUCUGGACCUGACAACCACAGCCCUGUUACCAUGUACAUGGUGCAGGCCAGGACCUCUUUCUCUAUAGGCUGGCAGACUGUGAGAACAGUUCCUGAUUCUGUGCCUGGACAGAUGAUGCAUGCCACAGUGACAGAUCUGAACCCCUGGGUGGAUUAUGAAUUCAGGGUGGUGGCAAUCAACAGUGUUGGUGUAGGAGAACCCAGCACGCCAUCAAAACAGAUCCGAACCAAAGCCGCAGUUCCCAAGGUUGCACCAGUCAAUGUGAGCGGUGGCGGCGGAGCCCGAGGAGAACUUGUCAUCAUUUGGGAGCCAGUUCCAGAGGAACAGCAAAGCGGAGAGGACUUUGGCUAUGUGGUGGCUUUACGCCCACUCGGCAGCAGCACCUGGAUCCAGACGGUGCUGGCAUCGGCCGAUGCAUCCAGAUAUAUCCACAGAAACGACAGCAUCGCACCCCUGACCCUGUUUGAAGUGAAGGUGGGCGUGUACAACAGCCUGGGGGAGGGGCAGUUCAGCCGUGUUGUUCGAGUUUUUUCUGCGGAGGAGGAGCCCUCGGAGGCACCAGCAAGAGUGCGGGGUCGUGCUUUGUCAGCCUCCGAGAUUGAGGUGUACUGGGAACCAGUUCCCUUGGGAUCCAGCAGGGAGAAGAUCAUUGCUUAUGAGGUUCUGUUCUGGGAGCAAGGAUCUGGGCAUGGUGACGCUGACAGAGUGAAGGUUAUCAACACCACAGCACAGCUCUCUGGCUUGAAGGGCAGCACGGUCUAUCUGAUCUCAGUCAGAGCCCAGAACAGCGCCGGACUCGGACCCAGCAGCCCUGCGUUCAACGUCACCACAAAAAAACCACCUCCGAGUCAGCCACCGGGGAAUAUCGAGUGGAGUCUGACCAACUCGAAGAUCUUUCUAAACUGGGAACAUGUCAAGGCGAUGGAAAAUGAGUCUGAGGUGACAGGAUACAAGGUUGUGUAUCGUCAGGACUGGCAGGGCAGGACCACUGUGCUGGAAACCAAUAAGACCAGUGUGGAGCUGCAGAUCCCUUCCGGAGAGGACUACCUCAUUGAGAUCAAAGCUCUCACCAAAGGGGGGGACGGCACCAGCAGUGGCCCCAUCCGCAUACCAAAGAUGUCCAGUCUUAACUCAAAAGGAUGUGUGUGCCCAGUUUCAAUGAAGACUUGCUGUUUCAUGAUGUUAAUAUUUUCUAUGUUUGUUUUGUAGCUUCUGAUGCCUUCAUAUUUAGAGUGACUGGUACGGUCUAUGGGUGUUGCUGUUUGCUCUCCUGUAGACAUUAGAGUGACUUUGGUCUUUGAUUAUCUUCUUCUACAUGUCAGGUUUGUGGAAUGGAGAGUUUCUCAACCCAAACCCAAACUGAAUGAUGGGAAUCAUUCUGACAGGUUGUCAAAUGCCCACUAAUCCGUGGUUGGACUGUUACUCGUAGGCAACAGUACAGUUACAACACAUUUUCAUCUGGCUAUUUUCAGGACCACUGCCAUCCUCCAGGAUGCAUUUGAUAAACAUGGAAAGAUGAAUUUCUUAUCUUUCUUUGUGAAAUGAACAUGAGCACAGGUUCAUGUCCCUGUUUCAUGUCUGUUUCCACAUUUUCUGCCUCAACCUCCGGGUUAUUUCUUGGCUUGAUGUGACUCCCAUGAUUCCUGUAGACCAAGAGGUAAAAGUUUUUACUUCUGUUCAUUUGGAAUUUAAGUUUAAUCUUUGAUAUUUUGAGUGUAUUGUACGCCGAUUCAAAUUACCCUAGAAAAUGAAAAGAAGAAGACUAUUCCUUAUGCCAAGCUCAGCCAAUCGAUUUCUGGCUCUAGCUUCAAGAUACAACAUUCAUUUUCUUAUGCAGUAAAGCAAAUAUAUUUUCAAAUUCAUUGUACAUAGAGGUUAUACAACUAUCCAUAAAUAAUACAUACACCCACUCUCCUCUGCAUUUUUUUGUCGACGAGCAAUUAACGAUGGUUCAUCCCAAGAUAAAAUCAGCCACCGUGUUUAAACCGAUUAAACAGGUAAUUGGUUAUUAUGUUGUAGUUUAUCAGUUUUCUAUAUCCGAUCAGUUAAUCCAUCAAAAGGGACGAUCUUCAGGGUUAACACUUUAACACCAGGCUGUCAGUCAUCCACACAGUUGGAAGAGCCAUCAGUGUUUUCCCUGCUGAUUUUAUGCAAGAGCACUCUGGCUGAUCUUUAAGAGUUUAACAAAGCCGCUUUGCCUUGUUGAGUAUAUUCUAUAAACCUGUUGUCAGCCUGUCUAAAUUAUACUGAAGGGCAAACUUAUCUCACAUUGAAUGUAAAAUGUUAUUAACUGUA